AUGCAGGUUCAGAGCAUCGUUGCUGAAGUCAUUGGACUUUCUGUUAUUGGAUUCUUUACUUUGCCAUCGAUUGUGACAAUUUCGCGAACUCCAUAUCGACGGAAAGGAACUCCAAGCUGGGGGGACAUCAAGGAUGGAAACACAACGGUCAUCAGUGAACACACCUUUUACGCAAAGACUCCAAAGACAUGCCUGUGUAUAGUCCUUAUCAUGGGCGUGCUUACAUUUGUUUUGAGGACUCUUCAAUUUGGGAGCACCAAUCUUUGCCUUGAGCAGGUAGCAACUAAUAGUGUAGGAUGGUUCUUGUUGAUGAUCCAAGUGUUUGCAGUGUGCUACACGAAAGAUACUAUCGUGAGCUACACGCAAGGCACAUAUACUGCAGCUUCCUGUAUUGCUUUCCUUUGCUUGACCAUUCUUGGGGACGAAAAGACUCUGAGAAGUUCGUGGUCGAUUUCCACUGUGCUAUCUGUUGCCCAGAUAAUCACCUUGCUUGCUCUUGGAAUCGCGAGCACCUCAAUACCACGACGACCUCAAGUUUUCUAUAAUGGGAGACUCGUUUUAAACGAAUUCAACGUUUCCUUCCUCAAUCGAUUUACAUUCUCGUCAGUAGAGUAUUUACUCAGAUGGGCAAAGCAGCACAACGAUCUGAAUAUGGACGAACUCCCAACAAUGAACUAUUCAAAAAGAUCAAAGACGCUCAGUCUUGCAUGGGCAGCCAAGAAUAGCACUGGGCGAUUGUGGGCGAGGUUGUUGAAAGUUUACACAUGGCCCCUUGCUCUUCAAAUAAUUCUAGGAUUGAUUCAUGCCUUUCUUGCUAUUGGGCCUCAACUCGCGAUCUACAAAAUAUUGAAGGCAAUGGAAUUUGGACAGACUGGAAGACAGCUGGGCUUUUAUAUUUUAGCUUUUGGGCUGACCACCAUUGUAGCUUCUUGGGUUGAAGCUAUGCAAGAUAUUACUAGCACGAGCCUUGUAUCUGUUCCAAUGCGUGCUCAACUAUCAGCUUUGAUUUUCGAAAAGACCAUGCGUCGCAAAGAUGCAAAAAGUAGUUCCGCGACAUCGGAAGAUAAAGAGGGCGUUUCCUCUGAUGAAAUAGACCCUGACAAGACAUCUCAAAAGAUUCUCAAUCUAAUCGGGGUAGACACCGGAAGAAUUUGUGAUUGUGCCAGGCAAACCUUCGAGAUCGUGCAAGCACCUGGCCGGAUCAUCAUAUCUGUAGCAUUUUUGGUCACAUUGUUGAGCUGGCAGGGUAUUCUGCUUGGCUUCUGUUUUGUCUUUUUAACCUUCCCCAUAACUCGUCGUUAUUCAAAGAAGUUUACGGUCUCGCAGGCAAUUCUAAUGCAGACAAGAGACAAGAAAGCAGCAAUCAUUGGCGAAGCUCUCCAAGGCUUCCGUCAGAUUAAAUUCUCUGCGCUUGAGGAUCGAUGGGAAAGUUCAAUUAUGGCAAUGCGAGAUAUGGAGCUCGCAGCAACGUGGGAUAUUCUAAUGCACAGAAUAAUUUUGAUCGCAUGCUGGAUUCUAAACCCACUCAUGACGGCCGCAAUUGCAUUGGGAGUUCACGCAUAUAUUUACCAAGAGCUGACACCCGCACAAGCCUUCACGGCCAUUGGUGUAUUUCUACAGUUGGAUCAUUGUAUGCAGUCGCUCCCCAACAUCAUAACACAGAUGAUUGCUGCCAACGUGUCUUUACAACGUGUCGAGGAUUUCCUUGAUUCACCGGAACUUGGCAAUAUUCUUUCUAGGCCAGCUGAGUCGCUUGGGCCUCUCGAGUCCGAUUUAUCCGUGAUAACUUUUGACAAUGCCAGAAUAAGUUGGCCUAGCGACGAAGAAUAUGUUGACACAGACAGCGAUCGUUUUCUUCUUCGAGAUGUCAAUAUUUCGUUCGCAGUCAAUCAAUUGACAAUUAUCUGUGGGAAAACUGGUUCCGGCAAAAGCUUGUUACUGAAUUCAAUGCUUGGUGAAGCAGAACUUAUCUCUGGUAAGAUUACGGUGCCGGAAAGACCAUCCGAUCAAUACGACGAUCAUGCAAAUAAAGAUAAUUGGAUCAUCCCGAACUCGAUUGCAUUUGUUGCACAGAUCCCCUGGAUUGAAAAUUGUACAAUCAAGAAAAAUGUUCUAUUUGGCUUACCACUAGACUCAGACCGUUACGAACAAGUCAUAGAAGCUUGUGCUUUGACUAAAGAUCUUGAACUCCUGUCCGACGGACAUGAAACGGAAAUUGGAACUGGUGGAAUCAAUUUAAGUGGUGGCCAGCGUUGGCGAUUAACCUUAGCGCGUGCAUUGUAUUCACGUGCCGGAAUAGUUUUGCUGGACGAUAUCUUCAGUGCUGUCGAUGUUCACGUUGGUCAGUUCAUUCUCAACAACGCUCUUGUUGGCAGGCUGAGCGCUGGUCGUACUAUCAUAUUAGCAACGCACCAUUUAUCUUUAUGCAAAACGCACGUCAAAUCCAUUGUAGAGCUCGAGAAUGGCAUUGCCAAGCAGUUCUCUAGUGUUCAGGAAUUGGAGGAAUAUCUUGGUGCACCCGUCGAAAGCCUAGAUGAUACCGACGAGACUUUAAUCACCAUCGAAGAAGUCUUACAGGAAGAUACCGUUCUAGAUACAUCAGGCUCCAAUUCUUCCGCGACUAUGAAGACAGACCCUCUCAAGUUUGUGACAGAUGAAUUUCGCAAACAAGGAAAUAUCGGAUCUUCAGUAUACUCGAAAUGGCUCAAGUCUUGUGGUGGAUGGACCAUUGGGAUAAUAUUCCUAUUAAUUUAUACCAUGUCCACAUCAUUCAAUCUUGGCCGAACGUAUUGGCUUCGGUUUUGGACAAGUGUCAACGGGGAGGAUGAACGUAAUUUACUAGCAAGAUUUGAUCAUCCGCAAAUAUUCAUCACUUCCUCGGCAUUCGAUAGCAAUGUUACUAUUGUGUCACCACCCGAAAUCCCAAGCAAACACAGUACAACCUUCUAUCUCGGGAUAUACUUUGCCUUGUGUGUCGCCGUCAGCAUUUUCCGCAUCUACGGUUAUAUCUACGCAUACAAGCAGUCAAUUCGAGGAUCAAAGAACCUGUUCAAGACAAUGUUAUUCAAAGUUUUAAGGGCCCCUCUGCGUUGGAUAGAUACCGUCCCCUUCGGUCGAGUUAUGAACAGGUUCACAACUGAUUUUAACACGGUUGAUUUUGAUAUUGUGGAUACUCUCACAUGGGGUUUCGGUGAUGUCUUCAGGUUAUUUGGGAUAGCAAUCGCGGGGAUGUUCCUAUCACCAUACGUUAUACUAUUAACAGUCGCGGUCUCUAUAUUUUCUGCAUACUUAGCGCUCCAAGCCAUUACUGCAGCGAGAGCAAUCAGGCGGUUGGACUCGAUCAAUAGAUCGCAUGUGUUUGAGCAAUUUCGAACUAUCUUGAUUGGCAUCACUACCAUACGAGCUUUCGAGAAAAGAGAUAACUACCUCGAAAAGGUAUAUUGCAGGAUCGACGACUCAAGCUCAACACUUUGGAAUACUACUUUGUGUCAUAAUUGGCUUGUUUGGAGAAUAGGUGGCAUGGCUUCAGCCGCAUACACAAUGGCCAUCGCAGCGAUUGUAGCCUCGACCGUAACUGAUGCAGGACUUGCCGGAUUUGUCCUUGCCAUAUCUCUGGAAUUCUCAAGCGCUCUGUUUUGGUCACUCUUCCAUGCAGGUUUCCUCGAAUUGCGCAUGAAUGCGGCAGAGCGUGUCAUUGAAUAUUCCGAGAUGCCUACUGAGACCUUAGAUGGUGAGGAACCUCCCGCGAGUUGGCCAACGGCCGGGUGUCUAGAAGUGAAGGACUUGGUAGUUACCUACAACCAUGAUCUGGCACCUGUUUUGAAAGGAUUGAACUUCAAUAUUGAUCGUCAAACUAGGGUAGGAAUCGUUGGUCGUACGGGAUCCGGAAAAUCUACGCUAACAUUGGCACUGUUCCGCUUUCUGGAGGCGAGAGAAGGUAGUAUCAUUAUCGACGGCUAUGAUAUUUCUAAGUUCAAGCUACAAUCUCUACGUCGUAGUUUGGCCAUCAUUCCUCAAGACCCAGUCUUGUUCUCAGGAACCCUUCGAAGUAAUUUAGAUGCAGACAACGAACAUGAUGAUACAGCUCUAUUCGAUGCUCUUCGUCGAGUUCAUCUCAUCGAUGCGUCAAUCCCUGGAAAUGAGACUCCAUCCACAUGCUCAUCUCAGAAUCAAAAUAUUUUCCUUUCCCUCAACAGCUCUAUCGCCGAAGGCGGUCUCAACCUCUCCCAAGGCCAACGCCAACUUCUCUGCCUCGCACGUGCCAUAAUUCGGCGUCCCAAGAUUCUCAUCCUCGACGAGGCUACUUCGUCCGUGGAUGUUCAGACCGAUGCACUGAUCCAGAAAAGCAUUCGCGAAGAAUUUGCUGAUAGCACGCUUCUGGUCAUUGCGCAUAGACUUAGUACAGUGGGAGACUUUGAUAAGAUUAUGGUGAUGCAUGAUGGAAGAGUGGCGGAAAUGGGUAGUCCGAAGGAAUUAAUUGAUAAGAAGGGAAUGUUUUGGGGUAUGGUGAGGGAGAGUGGAGAGGCGGAGAAGUUGGUUGGGAUGAGUAGGGAUUAG